AUGUAUCUCAACGAACAAUUAGCCGACGUUCACUUCGUGUUCAAAUUCGAUGAUGAUGUCCAGAAGGUGCCAGCACAUAAAUUAAUAUUGGCAUCUCUAAGUCCGGUAUUUCAUGCGAUGUUCUACGGAUCAUUGAAGGAGGGAAACGAAGUAAAAAUUGAAGAUGCCGAUGCCGAUACAUUCAAGGAGUUUCUUCAGAUUUUCUAUUUGAGUGAGGUGACAAUAACUAUGGAAAAUAUUGAGACCAUUGUUCGGUUGGCCGACAAAUACGAUGUUCUCGGAUAUGUGAACGCUUCGGCCGUAUUUCUCAGAAGCCAAUUGACAAUGGAUAAUGUGUGCUGGGCCUAUCAGUUGGCUAUGAAUCUCAAUAAUAAAGAGCUGAUCGAGUUCUGUGAGGAUAAAAUUGCCAGAUCGCCAAAAGAAAUCUUUGCUAUAGAUACAUUUGAACGUUGUAACAAAAGUACUCUUCAGCGCAUUCUGAAACUGGGCUUGAUAUGCAAGGAAACCAGCAUAUUUGAAGCCUGUUUGGCGUGGGCUAAACGCGCGUGUGAGAAAGAUAAUUUGGAUGGAGCAAAAGCGGUGAAUUUGAGAUCUCAACUCGGCGAUUGUUUACAGUCAAUUAGAUUCAGUGCAAUGACAAUUGAAGAUUUCACAACUAUCGAAAAUUCAAAUGAUGGACUCUUCACUUCGGAUGAAUUCAAGGAUAUAAUGCUUAAUUUAACAGCAGAAGGAUAUGAAUCGAAAAUAUUCAAACAAAAUCCUCGAGUUUACAAGUGGAAUGAAAAUGACAUUUUGAAGUGCGAUCGACAAUCUUUGGGAUGCAGCUUAUCAAAAAGCCUCAAAAGAUCAGAAGUCGUUUGGUUUACAUCAAAUCAAACACUACUUUUGGGAGAAAUUUACUCUGCUUCCACAAUAGGCAUGAAGAAUAAAAAUAAUCAUUAUAGUCUUAUUUAUCAACUAUUGGAUGCUGUAAAUGUAACGAUCACCGAAAUCAGCAGAGAUACUUCAAAAAAAGUUUUGUAUAGGGGUUCAUCAUACUCGUGGGAACUAACUCAUCAUCAUGAUAGACUGAAAGUGGAGUUAACGCAACCGAUUUUGAUCAAACCACGUAUUAUGUAUGAAAUUUAUUUUUCAGUACUCAUCGGAGUUGAUUCUUUGAGUUAUUACGAAGGAUGGAAGCCAACUGUUGAACUGUAUGAUGGAAUUGAAAUUCAAUUCCAUCGAAACCCAUCUCAUACGGACUAUGAUACGUCUUCAUCUGGUUGGAUUCAGUCUCUAAGCUUUAAUAAAAUUUAA